CCUGCUCCCUUAUCAGGAGCUGGGCAGGGCCUUCCCUGACCCUGACGGGGGGACCACACACUCCAGCACCCCGGCUGCUGGCUCCUCGGCACGAUGGGGACCUUAGGGAUCCUGCUUCUGCUCAUGGGUCUGCUCCUGUCGCCAGCUGAGGCCCAGAAGGAGCACCGUUUGAAGCCCUGGCUGGUGGGCCUGGCUGCGGUCGUGGGGUUCCUGUUCAUUGUCUUCAUCCUCAUGUUGGCCAAUCGCCUCUGGUGCUCCAAAGCAAGAGCUGAGGAUGAAGAGAAGCCCACAUUCAGGAUGAAUCCCAUCCCAUAUGAGGAGGUGGAUCUGAGAAAAGAACACAAGAAAGGGAAGAAAGAGAAGGACGAAAAGGCCGAGGAGAAAAAAGCUGGGAAGGGGGAAAAGGCCAAGACGAAAGGAAAGAGAAACUUCGGGCUGGAGCUAGAGGAAAAUGAGGAGGGCAGGGACUAUGAGAAAGUCAAGAACACGGCCAUGUGAAGAUUCAGUCGCCUCCUCCAAGCAACCUGCCAGAGAUGCCCCUUCCACACCCUAGAAGCAAUGAACUGAACCUGAAGCCACUGCAGUGACUCCAUCUGGGUUUGAGAGUACAGCACCCUGAAUGAAGAGGCUUGGAACCCUACCCACCCCCAACCAAGGAGGGCUCUUUGUGUGUUAUACAGUCUAUAUUGUUAUGA